AGUUGUAUUUUUUGUUACCUAUGUUGUUCUUUGUAGUGCCAUGAUUGAACAUGAAUAGAUUGAAAGUUUCUCGAAAAAAGAAGAAGAACGAAAAUCGACUGACCCAAAUUCUAUUUUCAGGCGACUUACAUCUAGUUGUUGUGUUUAUUUUAAACAGUAGAUAUCCUACCAAAAGAAAACAAGACCAAGGCACACUCAAAACAUCGGAGACGGUGAAAGAAAAACUGAACCGCGGGGCCCAAACGUUCAAUCUAGAGUCCCUAUUGCACGCCCUCGGCCAGCACGCUCUCUCACCUACCAAGAAAAACUUGCAACUCCUUCCUCCUUCGCUCCCUCCAUCGAAUCAUCAUCCUCUGUGCAGAGAGCAGCUAGCACGCGGGAGAUGGCGACCAUCGCCGUCCCGACGCCCCUGCCGUCCCCGGCCGCCGACGCGGAGAGCCUCAGGAAUGCCGUGCAAGGCUGGGGCACGGACGAGAAGGCCCUGGUGGAGAUCCUCGGCCGGCGAACCGCCGCGCAGCGCGCCGAGAUCCGCCGGGCCUACGCCAGCCUCUACAAGGAGUCCCUCCUCACCCGCCUCCACGACGAGCUCUCCGGCCACUUCCAGAAAGCGAUGGUGCUGCUGGCGACGGACCCGGCGGAGAGGGACGCCAAGCUGGUGAGGGAGGCCCUGGGCAGGCGGGGCGACGACAGGGACGCGUGGGUGCUCAUCGAGGCCGCAUGCGCCGCCACGCCGGAACACCUCGUCGCCGUCCGCCGCGCCUACCGGUCCCUCCAUGGAUCCUCCCUGGAGGAGGACGUCGCCGCCUGCUCCGCGUUCCAAGAACCGCUCAGGAAGCUGCUGGUGAGCCUGGUGAGGUCGUACCGGUGCGCGGAGGAGAGCGUGGACAUGGACGUGGCCAAGCUGGAGGCCGCGCAGCUGGCGGAGGCCGUCAGGAGGAAGAAGCAGCCGCACGGCGGCGAGGUCGUCCGGAUCGUGAGCACCAGGAGCAAGUCGCAACUCGCAGCCACGUUCCGGUGCUACAAGGAACAACAUGGCAGCGACAUCGAAGAGGACAUGAAGCAGUACAGCAGCAGCCAGUUUGCAAGGAUGCUCAAGAUUGCUGUCUGGUGCCUCACAUCUCCUGAAAAGCACUAUGCAGAGGUUAUCAGGUACUCCAUCUUAGGACUUGGAACGGACGAGGACACACUCACCAGGGCAAUCGUGUCCAGGGCCGACAUCGACAUGGAGAAGAUCAAGCAAGAGUACAGGGUCAGAUUCAAGACGACCGUAACAGACGACGUCGUCGGUGAUACCUCGCGGUAUUACAUGGAUAUCUUGUUGGCCUUGGUAGGGAAGGAGUGAAGAUUGAAAGAAUUUUUUUCAUUACUACCACAAGACGAGAAACGUCUACUAGACCAUACCAUGUUGUUUGUUUGGGAACAUUGUGUCAUCAAAUUGUAAAAGCACAAACCAAAAUAAUUCUACAAUUAUCUUAUGCUCUUCUGAAAUUUUCGCGUCAACAUCUUCCGUUGGCACAAGGAGCAGCUCCUCUUAUGCUUGUAAGAUGGAUUAUCAGAAUAAUAUGAACCGAGGCAACAGUC